AGGUGAAAGGAUGUCUGGCAGAGGGAAGGGCGGAAAAGGACUUGGAAAAGGAGGCGCCAAGCGUCACCGUAAGGUUCUCCGCGAUAAUAUCCAGGGUAUCACCAAGCCCGCUAUUCGCCGUCUGGCUCGCCGUGGCGGAGUCAAGCGGAUCUCCGGUCUUAUCUACGAGGAGACCCGCGGAGUGCUCAAGGUGUUUCUGGAGAACGUGAUCCGUGACGCCGUCACUUACACCGAGCACGCCAAGAGGAAGACCGUGACCGCCAUGGACGUGGUCUACGCUCUCAAGAGGCAGGGCCGCACUCUUCACCAUCGCUCAGGCUCCACUACCAUGGCCAGAACCAAGCAGACCGCUCGUAAGUCCACCGGAGGCAAAGCCCCCAGGAAGCAGCUGGCCACCAAGGCCGCCCGCAAGAGCGCCCCAGCCACCGGCGGAGUCAAGAAGCCUCACCGUUACAGGCCCGGCACUGUGGCUCUGAGAGAGAUCCGUCGCUACCAGAAGUCCACCGAGCUGCUGAUCCGCAAGCUGCCCUUCCAGCGCCUGGUCCGUGAGAUCGCGCAGGACUUCAAGACUGACCUGCGCUUCCAGAGCUCCGCCGUCAUGGCUCUGCAGGAAGCCAGCGAGGCUUACCUGGUCGGCCUCUUCGAGGACACUAACUUAGCCAUUACUGUAAGGAUGUCUGGCAGAGGAAAGGGCGGGAAAGGACUCGGAAAAGGAGGCGCCAAGCGUCACCGUAAGGUUCUCCGCGACAAUAUCCAGGGCAUCACCAAGCCCGCUAUCCGCCGUCUGGCUCGCCGUGGUGGAGUCAAGCGGAUCUCCGGUCUCAUCUACGAAGAGACUCGCGGAGUGCUCAAGGUGUUCCUGGAGAACGUGAUCCGUGACGCGGUCACCUACACCGAGCACGCCAAGAGGAAGACCGUGACUGCUAUGGAUGUGGUCUACGCUCUCAAGAGGCAGGGCCGCACUCUGUACGGCUUUGGCGGUUAA